ACCCCUCCCCCCGACGCCUCCCGAGAGCGGGACGCGGCGGCGAUGGUGACUGGGCAGCGGCGCGGGGCCGGGUCCUGGGCAGGGAGCCUCGGCGGCCUCUUUCUUUCUCUGCCCCCGCCCCUCUUUCCCCUUCCUGCGUGCUAGCCACGGCAGCGGCCGAGGUCGGCGCUCUCUCCUCGCCUCCUCUUCCUCCUCCUCCUCCCCUGCCCGGGGACCCUCUCCCCUCCCUCAAUCGCCCCCUCCUCUCGCCGCCUCCUCUCCUCUCCCCACCCCUCCCUCCUCCUCCUUCCCCGAGUGGCCGGCCGGGCCAGAGAAAGAGAGACCGAGAGAGAGAGCGACAGAGGUGGCUGCGAGGAGGCGUAACGGUAAACUGGGAAGCGGACUCUUGAGUUCACAGCUGGCCUGUGGCUUUGCACCUCAUCGAGGAGCUCCUCCUCGUACAGGUGGCAUUUUUCUGAAGUUGUUCAUUGAGACGUCCCAGCAUUCCUGCAGAUAUAAUAGAGGUUCUCUACCGUACUCCGUGCCUUCAGUUGCUGCCCACAUGCCGGACCUCCCCAGACCAAACCUCUUCUCCAGUCUGCAGACCCAUGUAGCCUUCUGCCUGUUGGGGGUUUCCCCCCGGUGUCCCACUGGCACAUCUAAUGCAGUGUGCCCUCCGAUGAACCUGUUCCCUUUCCCUGACUGGCCCUGUGGCCUGUAUUCUAUCUGCUGGUGAGGCUUGCGGCCGCGCGGAGCUGCGACAUGGCAGCAUGACAGCCCCGGAGAGCGCUGCCCCACGACGCCGCCGGGACGAGGGAGCCCCCGAGCAGCGGCCACUGCCGGCCCGGAGCGCCUGAGCCUCCUUCCCGCGCCUUCCCCACCGCCCGCCGGGCUCGCCUGUACAGUUCACCCCGUGGCCUCCCGACUCCUGACGCCUCGAACAUCAAUAUGUGUCAUGUCAUUGUCACCUGUCGCUCGAUGCUCUGGACCCUCCUGAGUAUUGUGGUGGCGUUUGCCGAGCUCAUUGCCUUCAUGAGCGCAGACUGGCUGAUUGGAAAAGCCAAGCCCCGCGGCAGCGCCGAGCCCGGCGAGCAGGGCGGAGGCUCCCCGGAGCCCCACCACCCCACGCUGGGCAUCUACGCCCGCUGCAUCCGGAACCCCGGCGUGCAGCACUUCCAGCGGGAGACGCUGUGCGGGCCCUACGCCGAGACCUUCGGAGAGAUCGCCAGCGGCUUCUGGCAGGCCACCGCUAUUUUCUUAGCCGUGGGCAUCUUCAUUCUCUGCAUGGUGGCCCUGGUGUCUGUCUUCACCAUGUGUGUGCAGAGCAUCAUGAAGAAAAGUAUUUUCAACGUCUGCGGGCUGCUGCAAGGAAUUGCAGGCCUCUUCCUUAUCCUGGGUUUGAUACUCUACCCUGCUGGCUGGGGCUGCCAGAAGGCCAUAGGCUACUGCGGACACUACGCGUCGGCCUACAAACCCGGAGACUGCUCGUUGGGCUGGGCCUUCUAUACCGCCAUCGGGGGCACGGUCCUCACUUUCAUCUGUGCCGUCUUCUCCGCACAAGCAGAAAUUGCCACCUCCAGUGACAAAGUACAAGAAGAAAUCGAAGAGGGGAAAAACCUUAUCUGCCUCCUUUAGUUUGGAAGAGACAUCAGUGCCGUUUUCUUGCUCGUGUAACCUUGUGAAACACUUCACUUCUGGUUCUGUCGUUUGAAUCAAGUGAAGAACUAGCCUUUACCUACCAAAGCCACGUUCCACAGCCCUGAGCCUUGCCAGGACCAACGACAGGCAACACCCAGCUGCACAAAGUGACUGCACAGGAGGGCCACAGUGCAAACUGUAAGAGAUGGAACAUGAAAAUAGUACAUAAACCCUGACAUGCAGUUAAGUUCUGUCAGACUCCAUCUCCCCCCAAGGCUCAAUGAAGGAUGAUGAUCUAAACCAUUAAAGCAGCAGUUUCUCUGGUAACAGAAGAGACCAUUUGGCCAGAUUUGCAGGCUGUUUAAGAGACGUUUCUGCACCGGUUGCAUGCCCGUGAGCAUCUCUGCCUCAGAGUGAGGUUUGGGGGUUGGUGCUUUUGUUUCCUCCUAGUUCUUUCAAACUGUCUCAGUUGGAGACUACAAUGAAGACUGCACACCCACCGGGGAGAGGAUGUGUGCUAAAGGGCCGAGCAAGACACUGUCUGUUGCUUAGCUGACCCGAGGGGUCAGCAGGGACAGUGUGGAAUUCUGUGGUGGGACUUAUUCUAGGCUGAAUUCCAGAGUCAGGUGGAUCAAUUGAUCUGUCACUCCAAGAGUUUAGAAAUUUGAGUAAAGGAAGAAUAAGGACCUGUCCAAUCAUGAGAAUGAAAGUACAAAAUCCUGCUAGUGGAGACAAAUUCAUUCCACUCCCCAGCAGCCAGGCUAGCACCAGUAGUGGCCCCGUCUCCUCUUCCACUGGAGAUCACGUGUUGUUCUUCUAGGGCUAGGACUGCGCUGUGACUGCCAAAGGAAACCUCACUCUGUUUCCUGAUUCCAGGGACAGAGGUCUCCGAGCCAGCUGUGGCUCAUUCAUCUGGUGACUGGGAGAGCUUACCAGAAUCUCAGCGCUUGCAGGGAGACCUUUUCCCACUGUGUGGUAACCAUGCUGUAUUCAGCUGUAUUCCCACCCCCAGCAGCAGCAGGAUGGCAUUCUGUGCAGAAAAAGGAGCUAGAGACGGGAGUUAAGUUCUUCUAGUUACUGGUGUUGGUCCUGAAAGCAGACUGAAAUAACAUUAAAUUGCUCUAACUGGUGAGUUGCAUCAAAGGCUUCAUUCUCAGGAAAGCACAGAGUAGACAGAAAGUUAAUGCAAAACGAGAGCUAGACCAAGCUCAUAGCACCUGCCUAUACCUGUUUACAAAAUGAAUGAAACACCACUAUUAAAAAGGAUUCAGGGGCUUUUAAUCUAGUUUCUAUAAAUCACCAACAUAAUUGAUUCAGGAAAAUGAUAUUGGCCAUCACUUCAAACUUACUUUGGAACGAUCAAAGUGACCAGAAAGAACCUAGUCUGGUAUUAUCCUGAGCUUCAGAAUUGGAGAAUGCGACAGAAACACUUCUUUGCAACUUAAGCAAAUGGAGUGGACCUGCCAAAUUUCUGGAAGGACUAAAAGGACAGGUCUCUUCAGGCUUAUGAAUCUGCUUACUUGAGGGCUUGCUUUGUUUUGAAAAUUUAACAAAUAACUAUGAACCUUGUUUGGGCAAGGUAUUGUGUGCUAAGCACCACCAGGCAUAGAACCCUGAUUCAGAUUUUACAACCCUGCCCUGAGUAAGUCAUCUUAAAGCUGCGUGAGUCUAAAACCCUGCCUUGCUGCAGAACAAGUAAUUGCUUUAGUUGUUCCAUUCCAGUUUAAUUCCAUUCUAGCCUUCGGCCUGUACCAGAAACCGUUUUCUCUCACAGAUAAUGAGCUAAAGGGCAGGAAGGCGGAGGCAUGGAACCAGGUCUUCAUGAGCUCACCAUUCUUAGACCAAGGUUCAGAGUAAGCAAGAUGUACAUCUGUGACUUCAAGGGGUAAAUAUGUAUCCUCAUAGCAGCCUGUCAUAAGGGCUCAGGACACAAACAAUAACUGUCUGACGCCACACAGAAAUAAUAAUAGGUUAUGGCAGCCACUGUACAGGACUCCUGUCCCUUACUGUGCAUCUGUAUGCUCUAACCAAGUCCCGAUGCCAUCACGGUCAUUGAUUUUUAACCCUUGGCAAGAAUUUUCAUUUAAAAAAAAAAGCAAUUCCCUCCAUCAGGCAAAUAAUUUAAAACCCAAUUUUUUUUCUUAAAUUUAUCAUCACAAGAUUCACUCUACUUUUUCUUCUAUACGAGAUAGAUAGAGAACCCAUGUUAUAACACUAAUUUUACAGUCUCACUCUCCUCGCAGACAAGUCAUAAGCCUAGAGGAUCCUCUAAGCACGUCCAUCAUCUUUAUUGCCUGACUGUGCCUUCACUAAGGGGCGGUGGGGGGUGGGAUAUGCCUGGGUCACUCUGAUAACAGAAGUCAUGAGUGGAAAUGUGACCUCUCUUGGCCAGAAGAAAGUCACUUGACAGUGUUUACUUCAUUAGUCUGAAUGCUACAGAAGACCAAAAAAAAAAAAAAACAGCACAUGCACACAAACAAAACCCCAAACCA